ACAUUGUAAAUAUUUUAAUCGAUAUUUAUCUGACAAACAAAAACCAAAAUAUAAAAAAAUAAUUGAAAUAUAAAUAACAUUAAUAUCCUUUAUUUCGGGAACAUUACCAUACACUGGUUGAGUCGUCUCUAUGUGCUGGUUCAUUACCGGUUAGGCGGAAAUUUCAUACUGACGUGGUCGGGGGAUGUGUGAGGUUUAUCCUGCUACCUUGCUAUUUUGGGACCUAUAAAUCCUCUCAUUUUACGCACUUCACGCCUAUCUCACCAUUAUUCGAUCUCUAUAUCUUCCUUUUUUCUCCUAUACUUUAUCAUUCUCUGUGGAUAAUCUCCUACUCAGGUGAUUAUCAACUACAACAUAAUGGAAGUUUCAGGUGGCUAAAACCUGCUAAGUUAUAUGGCCUUGAUUGAUAUUUGGGCAAUGUGUGGUGGAGGAUACAAUACUAGGGGCUUGCCAAAUACACUGUAUAAAACACAAGGUAGCAGCUAUUCUAACAGCAGAACCUCUGGUAUGGAAUUUGAAUCAGAUUGGACGAAACAUAGAAAGUCGUUGGCAUUUACCGCUCAAGUGAUCCGCUCUGCAACAUCUUUUAUGCCUUGGACUUGUAAAAUCCCUAUAGGUGAUGGCUAUCAUGAAUUUCUUUAGUCAAAUAUCUCCUGUUAAAAAGUAUCGAUUCACUCUCUGUGUAACAUAACUGAUCAAGGACGAGAAUCAACUACUGAUUUACGUCUCUUUUGAUCCACUUAAUUGUUUAACCAAGACAAAUGCCUGGUUUUUUGAGUGAUAAAAAGAGAUUCAAAGAACCAAAUAUGUGUUUGUCCAACUCAGUCAAGCAAGAUACUCCAAUUCAUUCAAAGAGUUAUCCUAGCUUGACUUCUCAGGUAACAGAUGAUUUUGACAGCCCCAUUCUACCUGGGCUGCCUGAUGAUGUUGCCAAAUAUUGCCUUGCUCUUGUACCUCGUUCCAACUUCCCAUCUAUGGGUGGUGUGUGCAAGAAAUGGAGGUCUUUUAUUCAAAGCAAAGAAUUUAUCACUGUCCGGAAAUUAGCUGGUUUGCUUGAGGAGUGGCUUUAUAUUUUAACUAUGGAUGAUGGAGGAAAGGAAAGCCACUGGGAGGUUUUAGAUUGUCUGGGGAAUAAGCAUUGUCUUCUUCCUUUGAUGCCUGGUCCAGUUAAAUUUGGGUUUGGAGUGGUUGUUCUUAAUGGAAAGCUUCUUGUUAUGGCUGGGUAUUCAGUAAUUAAUGGAACUGCCUCUGCCUCGCCAGAUGUUUAUCAGUAUGAUUCUUGCCUUAACAGUUGGAAGAAAUUAGCAAAUAUGAAUAUAGCUCGAUAUGACUUUGCUUGUGCAGAAGUUAAUGGCAUGGUCUAUGUAGUUGGUGGUUAUGGGAUGGAUGGCAGCAGUCUCUCUAGUGCUGAGGUGUACAAUCCUGACAAUGAUACUUGGAGCCUGAUAGAGAGUCUUCGCCGCCCAAGGUGGGGUUGCUUUGCCUGUGGAUUUGAAGGAAAACUAUAUGUUAUGGGUGGAAGAUCGAGCUUCACAAUUGGAAAUUCGAAAUUUGUUGAUGUCUACUACCCUGAGAAGCACUCUUGGUGCGAGAUGAAGAAUGGUUGUGUUAUGGUGACUGCUCAUGCGGUAAUAGGAAAGAAGCUCUUCUGUAUGGAGUGGAAGAACCAGCGCAAACUUGCGAUUUUCAAUCCAGAUGACAAUUCAUGGAAAAUGGAGCAAGUUCCAAUAACUGGAAGCAGUAGUAUUGGGUUUCGGUUUGGAAUUUUGGGUGAGAAACUCUUAAUGUUCUCUCUGCAGGAGGAACCUGGUUAUAGCACUCUAUUAUAUGAUCCAAAUGCAGCCCCAGGCUCAGAGUGGCAGACUUCUGACAUUAAGCCAACUGGUUCGUGCUUGUGCUGUGUAACAAUCAAGGCCUGAAUUGAAAGCCGCAGCUGAAAGUUGAUAAACCAUCUUGAUAGACUAGAAUGUAUUUUAACAUUUGUUGAACUUCUCUUUAUUUUGCUAGGUUCUGCUAAACUUCAUGCAUUGACUGUUUAGACUUGCUGAUAUCUGUGGAUGUGAAAUUCAGUUUAUUUUGUUCCUAAA